CUGGAAAACUCCACCUGGUCUCAAAAUAAAAGCCCUCGGCAUUGCAGAAUGGCACAAUGGUGAUCUUGUAGCUUCACCAGACUCAUCAAGGCUGCUCCAGGAAGGCCCGAGCCAGACCACUAGACAUGCAGAUCAUCACCAUGGCCCUGGUGUGCUUGCUGCUAGCUGGGAUGUGGCCACAAGAUGUGGACAGCAAGAGCAUGCAUGUGUCCCUCUCCAGCUGUUGCUUCUCAUUUAUGAAGAAAAAGACUUCCCUGGGGGUAAUCCAGUGUUACAGAAACACCAGCUCCAGCUGCCGCCAGGAUAGUUUCAUAUUCAAGCUGAAGGGAGGCAAGGAAGCCUGUGCCUUGAAGACUGACAAAUGGGCUCAGAAGUACGUAGAAAAGCUGAGCUACUGCCCGCCAAAAAGAAAAUGAGCAGAUUUCUUUCCGUCAUGGGCUCUGGAAAUCACACGGCUUCACUUUUCCCUGAAGCCCCCAGCCCUGCAUUGUUCCUUCUGCCCCACGUUUGCUGGGACAUGGAGGAUCAGCUUGGUCUUUAUAAGCUAUGUUGUCACAAUUUAUACAUUUAAAUUAUAGAAUCAUCAACCCCCA